AUGCCAGUACGAAUAGCAAUCCUCCAAUUCGCCCCAAUCCUCGGCCAACUCCAACGCAACAUCACCCACGCAACGCGCCUCCUCGAAUCCCAUUUCCCUGUCCCGUCUGCCUCCACCAGCACACGGCGAAACCCCGACAUACUGAUAUUACCCGAACUCGCAUUUACCGGGUACAACUUCCCGACCCCAGAGGAUAUCAGACCAUUCUUGGAGCCAACGGCAGCGGGGGCGACGACGGCUUGGGCAAAGGGUGUUGCAAGAAAGUGGGGGAUGCACGUACUCGUUGGGUACCCUGAGCUUUGCUCCCUCAAGGGUACGGUAUACAAUUCCGCAGUCUUCGUAUCCCCAACGGGGGAUGUGAUAGCGAAUUACCGGAAACAUUUUCUAUAUAGCACGGAUGAACGAUGGGGAGCCUCCGAAGGCCCGGGAUUCUGGAAGGGGUGGGUAGGGACUUUGGGAAAGAGAGUCACAUUGGGAAUUUGUAUGGAUCUCAACCCAUACAAGUUCGAAGCAGAUUUUGGAGCAUAUGAGUUUGCGCAUCACAUCCUCGGAGCUGACGACGGAGACGAACAAGGAGGGGAGGGGGAGGGUGCGGAUUUGGUAUUAGUACCAAUGGCAUGGCUACGACACCCGCGACACCCGGCUGACGCACACCCCGCGGACCCGGAUCAGUUGACGGUUGGGUAUUGGAUACAGCGACUCGCUCCUCUUUGGCAGGUCCCGAACGAUUGUCGUUCGGGCGAGGAAGGCGAGGACCGGGGUCCCACAGGCGGCAACAAAACGAUGGUCUUUGUCGCAUGUAACCGAACGGGCACAGAAGGCGAAUCAACAUUUGCGGGGACGUCGGCUGUGGUGGAGUUGAGGAGGGCAACUCCUCCCUCCUCCAUCUCUCCUCCAAAGCUCAUGGACGAUCACUCGCUGGACGGCCCGACACUGAUGAACCACGACGUCGCUGCUGAGGCCGAUGCCGCCGCCCGGUCGAGUCAUGACGCGGAGAUCCUGAAUCUCCUCUCCUCGAUGUCCAACAACAACAAACGAGAUGAGCUGUCGAGCGGUGGUGCGCCCGGCUCCCCCUCCCGAAAACGCCAACGCGCAAACACGAACCCCUCAACCCUCGAAGACAUCGCCGCAGCCGCCGUCUCCUCCUCCUCCUCUUCUCUCCCCAACGACGACCAACCCGCACACGCCCGCCUCCCAACCUCCGGCGCACAACCAAUCCCAUACACCCCACCUCCCCCCCCAACCCUCCUCAACCCCUCCUCCAGCGUAACGGCUACCACGCUCAGCGACCGCGCCUACCAAAAACCCUACGCACCACAAAACGCGUUUAGUGCCGCCGCACACGUCGCAGCACACGCAGCCGCCCACGCACAAGGCGCCGCACACCGUGAUUCGGCCGCAUUAUACGCUCAAGCCGCCGCUGCUGCCGCUGCCUCUAUCUCGCCUCUCACAGCUGCUGAACUUGCUGGGGCUGCGGCGCAUGGAGCGCCUGUUGUUCGGGGUGUAUCCCCACCUUCUGGUGUCGGGACGCCUGGUCCGGGGUUAUUGUCGAGUGCGCCCUUGAAUGGAGGCAGCGGCGGUGGUGGUGGUGGUGGUGGUGGUGGUGGACCCGGAACACCCAAACCCUCGGUGGGAAGCGACGAAUGGCAUAAACAGCGUCGCGACAACCACAAAGAAGUCGAACGCCGUCGUCGAGAAAUGAUCAACGACGGAAUCAACGCACUCGCCUCCCUCGUCCCGCGGUGCGAAAAAAACAAGGGAUCGAUUUUGCAGAGGGCGGUUGAGCAUAUUAAGGAGUUGCAGCAUGCGUUGGGGGUACAGGGGGGGUUUAGUGAGGAGGUGGGGAGGUUGAGGGAGGAAGUUAGAGGGUGGAGGGAGAGGAUUGGGGUUUUGGAGGGGGAGAAGAGGGGGCUUGAGGAGGAGAUGAGCCGGUUGAGGGAGGAGGUGAGGAGGUUGAAGGAGGAGAAGGGGGAGGCUGCUUGA